CUAACGGUGACCAGCGGCUCAGUCCCCAGCUCACCCCUCCCUUCAGAGGAGCUACGGUGGCUGACACAGGUAAAGAUGUCGUCGGUAAAGAAAGCAGAGAACAAUGAGAUUUCUUUACAAAGAUCAGCCCGUCAGCUCAGCGAGGUCUUUGUGCAGCUGCCCUCCAGGAAAGAGCUCCCUGAAUACUAUGAACUGAUAAGGAAGCCAGUGGACUUCAAGAAGAUCAAGAUCUAUGAGGACUCCAUUGUUCUGCAGUCAGUAUUCAAGAGUGCAAGACAAAAGAUUGCUAGGGAGGAGAGCGACAAUGACAGCAAUGAUGAUGACGAUGAUGAGGAGGAAUCAGAGGAAGAGUCUAAGUCAGUGAAGGUGAAAAUUAAGCUGAGUAAACGGGACGAGAGAUGUCAGGCCAAAGGCAAGAAGAGACCAAGUCGUGGAAAGGCAAAGCCUGUGGUCAGUGACGAUGACAGCAAGGAAGAACAGGAGGAGAACGAGCAGUCAGAGAGGAGCCUCAGCGAUGAUGAGUGAGGAAGAGAUGAGCUGAUCAUCAGCAUUCCCUUCACAUGUUUAUUUGCUUUUUUUAUUGACUUUCCUCACCCAGCUCAAUUAUUCUGUGCUUGUGAAAAGAUUGAUUUAUUUUAUUGUAUGUUUAAACACUUUCAUUCUGUUUUGGAUGCAGCUGACUGAGGAGUAAUCCACAGUGAGGAAACAUCUUCUUUGCACCUUUAAUAGCUUACUGUUAUUCUGAA